AUGAAAUCAGUCUAUUUGCUCUUCCUCUUGGUUACCCUUCUCGCCGUAAUUUCUACGCCAGCCAAUGCCUCCCCUCUUGAAAAAAAAAGGAAUGCACCCUGCUGUCCUGUUGUUGUAUGUGAGUUUAAAAAAAAUGACAACCCCAAUAUAUCGCCCCCAGUCACCAACCCCAAUUAUUACGGCAACACUUUCGACGGUUUUCUCGCAUUCUUGGGGACACCUAAAAACACUUUGCAAGUCGGUGGCUGGAUUGAUAUUCGCGGCGUAACCAACAAAAUAUUUAAAACUGAUUCAGGCUAUGAUAUUCACGUGGCACCAUGCGGAACAGCCAAUACCCCACCUGAACCCCACCUUACCCCCGGCGACCCUGCCACCAUCGACUUUGACAAACAGAUGUUCGGCCAUUCAAUUCUCCUAACUAUCGAUGGAUCAAUCGCCCAAAUUAAAGGCCAAUGUUGCUUUGUCGUGGAAGAGUAUGCCUCACGUGGUCCACUUAGUGGUAGUAAAUCAAUCCCUAGAAAUGAAAGAAUUUUAGGAAUUGCACCAUUAGUAGACAUCGUAACCUGCUGA